AUGGCAACGGAAAAUGCUGACCUGAAAGGGUGGAGUCUUAGGUAUCCGUUUUGGUUGCUGAUGUGGAUGGGAAACAAAUUUUUAAUGGACAAAUUGGUCCUUGUGGCUCAAAACGACGUUCUAUCCACUGUAUUGAUUCAAACGACGCCGUUUCUGUGGCCCAGUCAGCAUCCUGUAACGGCAUACUCGUCUCCUACGCCUACACUGGCGGGACGCACCUCCCGUCCAAUGUCUCUGAUGGAGUGGAUCCUCUCUAGUGGAAAAAAACUGGAUGAGGAUCCAUUUCCUAUCUCCGAUGUGGCCAAGCAACCGUACCGGUUCAAGUCCACGCUCACUGUUCUCAACAACGGCCUCAACGACCUCAAGUCAUGGAAGGUCUUCGUCAAGUUCCAGCACAAUGAGUUCCUCGUCUUUGCCUCCGGCGUCGUCCUUGCUGUCGGCACCACUCUCCCCGCCACUAUCGGUAAUGGCACCAUCUUCGCUGGAUAUCCUAUGACUGACCUCAAGAUUGCGGUGGAAACUACCAGUGACUUGACGCAGAUGCAGGACCAGAUCGAUCUUGUUGGCACUGUUUUUGGAAUGGCGCCGCCUACUAUUCCUCUUCCCUCCUCCAUCAAUGUUGCCAACGAUGGAUUCAUCUGGAAGAAUGUGAGUAAUGUGUGUUGCACAAGGGAUCCGAAGUUUAAAACGAACAUAAUCAUAGAUGAUGAGUUCCUUCGCCAUCAUGAUGGUGAUCUAUCAAUCAUGUAUGAUGCGAUUGGAGCUUAUGAUUCCAAUUACUGGGCUGAGGUUACCAUUGCAAACCAUAACCCUCUCGGUCGUCUUGACAAUUGGAAAUUGAGCUGGGAUUGGAUGAAUGAUGAGUUCAUAUACUCAAUAAAUGGGGCUUAUCUUUAUGUUAUGAAUGCUUCUGAUUCUGUUCUUUGGUAA